UAAAUUACGCAACAGCCAAAGGCUGCUCAUCACCCGACGGCACCUAUUCCACGGACGGCUCCAUGUAGGAAACAACGGCAUUCCCCACCGCCUCCGCUCCGCACCCUCGCGCUUGGAUUACAGCUGCAGGUCAAAAUCCUCCAGGAGUAUGUCAUCUGCAACCGCUCACAGAAUCCUACGACCCCUUCUUGUCGCCACAUUCAUCCUGGGAUGCUUUGUGACUCUCUUUUUGAUGUAUUUUAAACCGUCCACCGGCUGGCUAUCUGGUCCCGUCGAGUCAACGGCGUCCACCGAGCGGGUCAAAGGCAUCUUCUACGCCAAGAGCGAUAAAAAUGUCACCACAGUGCUCAUCUGGCUCUGGCCCUUCGGACAGACCUACGACCUGAACGUGUGUGGCUCGCUCUUCAACAUCGAGGGCUGCUUUAUCACGGCCGACAGGAACCUCUACAACAAGUCAGAUGGUGUCCUAAUCCACCACCGGGACAUCUGCUCGGACUUGUCCAACCUACCACCACUGCAGCGUCCGUCCUUCCAAAAGUGGAUUUGGAUGAACUUUGAGUCUCCGUCGCACUCCUCUCAGCUCUCCGGCAUCGAGAAUCUGUUCAACCUGACCCUCAACUACCGCCGGGAUGCCGACAUUGAAGUGCCUUACGGGUCCAUCGUGGCCGCCGAGGGCGAGGAGGACUUUGUUCCGCCCAGCAAAAACAAGCUGAUUUGCUGGAUUGUGAGCAACUGGAACCAAGAGCAUGUGCGGGUCAAGUACUACAACGAGCUGUACAAACACAUCGAGGUCCAUGCGUACGGACAAGCCUUUGGGGAGUACAUCUCCGACCAAGACUACUUCCCCACCAUGGCCAGCUGUAAGUUCUACCUGGCUUUCGAGAACUCAAUCCACAAGGACUACAUCACAGAGAAACUCUACAACCCGCUUGCUGUGGGGACGGUCCCCGUGGUGCUGGGCCCGUCACGCCAGAACUACGAGAACUUCGUCCAAGGGGAUGCCUUCAUCCACGUAGACGACUUCUCGUCGCCCAAGGAGCUGGCUGACUACCUGCUCCUCCUGGACAAAAACGAGGAGAUGUACCUCAGGUACUUUGAGUGGCGGCGGCACUUUAAAGUGAAGAAGGCGUUAUUCUGGGCCGAGCACACGUGUCUGGCCUGUGAUUACCUGCGCAGGCACAGGGAGUACAAGACGGUCAACAACCUGGACAAGUGGUUCUGGGGCUGAGACAACGUUGCUGGACUAUGCAGAGUUUGUGCCACUGAGUUCAUUAGAUUUACGUUUCAUGCCAAUUUUGCCAAGCCUUAUUUUUUUUGCCUUUUGCAUUGCUGUCUUCCCUGCGAAGUGACGUCUGUUCAGACUGCAGGGCCGUAUGACUACGUUACCGCGAGACUUAUUUCUCUGGCCACAAAGGACAAGACCGCGAUUGAUUUUAAACGACUCUUGAAAUCUCAGGGCAUUGAAUCGACCGCAAUUGGACUCUUCAAGUUGUCUAAGAAGAUGUUUUGCCUCACAUCUCAGCAAGGUUCAUCAGUUCAUGCUCAAGACUAGAUAGGACAGCUCGUUGCGAUCGAUUCAAAGCCCUGAGAGUGUAAUGACCUGGACGAAUGAGAAUAUUCACAAAAAUGACUCUUGAAAUAUGACAUGCUGACAUCAGGAAUGAGGUCAAUCACGUAACUUUUAAGCAAAUUUUUGGAGUGUGAAUUUUCAACUGAUCUUCAAACAUUUACGGAUUACAGUGGCAUGGCUCAGGUAGUAGAGUGGUCUCCCUGUCAAGUUCUUUAGGACUUUCACCAGCCUUACCUUGAGAAGGCCGAGAAGAUUGCAGAGGACGCUUUAUCAACUCAACUCCAGUAGAUUUUCUUGAGUUUAUUUUACACCUCAACUAUUUACAGGAGCACAGGUUAGCUUGAUAACCUUAGAAUCAGAGAGGAAUAGCAUCAAAUUAUUACUCAUUACUAUGCGGUUUGUAACUUAGGAACAACAAUAGCCGUCACAUUGUUGUGACGGCUAUGAUAAGAGUGAAAAAAAAGCUCUCCUCCCAUCCCGUGUGGAUGUGGUAGAUUUUUGGCUUAUUAAAAGAAAAAAUUUUGAGGCUCACUGGUUAGCUUGCUAGGUUGUUAGCACGCUAGCUAGCGAGCUAACUAACGGCUGUCUCGAGUCCCUACAGUAUAAAAGUUGCAAUGUUGUGUAAACAAUGGAUAAUAGGACCAUAAAGGUGCUUGUAGGGGUGUUAUUUCAUGUCUACAGGGCUCUAAUAAUGUUAAUAACCGUAUUUAGAAAGUCAGAAACAGGUUUUCUAUGCUGUAACUAUGAAAAUAUUCCAUUUAUUAACAUUGAAUCCAAUAUCGUGGAAAUUCAUUUAACAUGCUCGGGUCUGGAAGCACUUAACCGCUAUAAACGAAGGACAAUUGUACCAGUGAAAGCCCAUUUACCGUUUACAGCGGUAAACACAAUCAAAUGAAAUCAAUUUAUCCCAUUGGGAACUGUGGAAUUAUAAAAUAAUCCGUUCUGUGGCCAUUGUAAAUCCUUGGUCUCACAAGUGAAAUGAAGUUCCAAAUGAAAAACACUAUAAUAACAACUGUUGAUGUAAAAACAAUAAUAGAACUGGCUAACUAGUUUGCAGCAGAUCGAUAUUCUCCUGUUAAAGGGAUAGUUUGGAUUUUUUGACAUGAAGUUGUACGACAUCCCCAUCAGCAGUGUAAUGCAUCAACAAUGACUAGCCCCCCCCACGUGGUCCCGCGAGUCCAGUUCUGGCCGGAUUUCCGUGACGAGGAACGUAGUUCUGCUUAGUUGUCGGGUCAUUUAAGUAAAGAUACUGGUUUAUUGCAUAUUGUUUUGAGAAGCCAAACUCUGUACUUAAAUGACCCAGCGACUAAGCGGGUCACGGAAAUCUUUUAUGGCUAUUUUGGUAAAAUUCCAAAAUGUACAAACUUUAGGAUGUUCCACUGUAUUUUCUUUCUUGAGAGACAUGUCACACCUGGAUAAAAGAUGCUCGAGGUCAGAGGUCACUUCGUGGGGAUAACAAGCUGUGGUGAUUUAUUCAUAAGGGUUUUUUUUCCCCUUAACAUUACAAAUGCAUGUCAUGUACAUAAUUUACUUUACCAUUCCUCAUUUUGCCGCUACUGCACUGGUGGACUUAAAUGUGAGUGCUUAUUUGUCUGACAGAAAAAGAUGUAUUUUAUGGUCACAUUUUACAAUAAGGUACAAAAAAUACAGUGCUUACUGAGGAACUAAUGAAGAACUAAUGAGGAAUUAAUGACUAAGGCACAUAAUUUUAGACUAGUUACUGAGAAACUAAUGAAGAACUAAUGAGGAACUAAUGGCUAAGGCACAUAAUUUUAGACUAGUUACUGAGGAACUAAUGAACAACUAAUGAACUAAUGACUAAGGCACAUACAUUUAGACAAGUUACUGAGGAACUAAUGAAGAACUAAUGAGUAGAGUAGUUGUAAUUGUAAUUUUGUGUACCUUAUUGUAAAGUGUGACCUCUUUUAUUUUCAUCUGAUUCUAAUUUAGUAUCACUUAAUGGCAGACGUGUCUGACGUAACAACGAAAAAGGACCUAAAUAUAUAUCCCAGUGAGACAUCACACAAUAAUGAACAUCUGUGCUUGCGAUUCAAGUCACCUAUGCAGUGUCUACUGAGCUCAAGCGUCAUGCGUGUGUCCUAUUGCGCACGUUUUGCCAUUUCUCCCUGCAUAUUUUUGGGCUUUUAUAUACACAUGUAGAGUCCAUAGCCAUUACAUUAGGUACACCUAGAUCCGAUACAAGAGCGAUAUCAAAAACAAGCCUUUUCAAAGAUAAUAAUGCUCAGAGAGGUAUUAAUUUAACAAUUGUGGUGCUCUUCAUUACACUGAGAGCUGUACCUUAACAUUUGGAAACUGGAAGCUGUUUUCUUUGAAAAUACUGUUAGUACAGCUCUUGUAUUGCACAUCAUUAAGUUUAUUCAGGUUUAUCUAAUGUUAUGGAGUGGUGGUGUCUCUUUUCCUUAUUAUGCUGUUUUGGAUGCAUGUUGUCCAGUCAAAUAUUUAAGAGCUUAUUUUUGAUUUUUUCGCAAGCAGCUGUGCAGUGACGAAUGUGACAACUUUCCAUCUUUUCAUUAUUUUUUUUGGAGGGUUGGUUUUGUUUACGCUCUUGUUUACAGAUGUUUACACGUAAUACAUCAAGGUUUUAUCGACUGUAAAUAAAUAUAAUUAAGACAUUUUUGCAAAAUCUACUGAACGAUGCAUCUGAAACAGCAAUCUGCAGCUAUCGACCAGGGAUUUGACCACAUUUCCAUUUAUUAAUUGUUAUUUGUAAGCUGCCGCUAAAUGUUCUGGACUCCUGUUUCCAUGCCAGUUGAUGUAGCUCGACCUCCCAUAGCUGACGACGUGUUGCGCUUCUCUCGACAGCGCACUGGUUGAGGCAGAAUCAACAGUGCCCCUGCUGGUUGCAGCCCAGCAGUGCACUCCCAUUUCUAUGGCUGAAUUGACUGACCCCAAUCAAACGCCCAUCCCUGCUGUCAACUUGACGAUUCCAUUUAGCACUGUGCAAAUUCACAUCAAGUGUUUUUAUGCAAGCUAACAUUGUCAUUCAUUUCCUCGGCUCUACACUGGACUAUGUUCUUAUGGAGUGCCAUAGUGAAUCCUGUAUAUACAAAAAAAAAUCAUCUUUAAGUGUGGAAGUGACUCUAAAUCAAACCUCAAAGUGGAAAGGUUGGUUUUAAAUGUUCAAAUCUCUUCAUGAAGUGUUGUAACGUGGCAAAGGGAAGCAAUGUUACACGUAAAAUGUAAUUUUUGAUGAGUAGCACUUUUUUUUGGUGUGUUCUGCUUUAGAUGGAAAUGUUGUCAUCCAUUGUUGACAAGACUAUGACACUGCCAUUCAGACACUUUGAACAGUUUUUUUGUGUGUCUCUUUCACCUGCUGUUUUCUCUUUCUUGUUUUGCCAAAUCAACGUGGUGGAGAUGCCGUCUUUUUUCCGUUCCAGUGUCA